AAACACAGGAUCUGCCAUUCUGCAUUCCGCAAACUUUACUCUUCGGAAGUAUUGACAUACUCAAGGUGAAGCGAUCAAAAAGAUGGACCGCGUUGCACCUGAAUUGUUCGAAAUGAUCACACGCUUCCUUCCCGUUACGGAUGUGAAAAAUCUGCGCCUUGUUUGCAAAUCAUUCGCGGAGCUUGCUGCGCGUCCUCUCUUCAAGACGGUGCAAAUACACGCACUUCUGGCCAGUUUCGAGAAAUUCAAGAUCAUCUCACAGCAUGAAACAUACCGCAAAUAUGUUCAAAUCCUUAUUUUUUAUUUUGACAUCUUUAAUCCAGCUGAAGCGGAUAGCGGUCUUGCAUUUGUUGCUGCUUUCGAACAAUGGCGAUAUAAAAUAAAGGAAGUCACCUCAAGGUAUCGCACUCGGCGAAGGUCCAAGGAACCUCUGCCGUAUGAAUGCUCGUUCGAACUACCUUCUCUUGCAAUGGAGGACGAAUUGGUAUGACUUACCCAUGAAGGUCACAUGCUCUCCUUUGUUUCUUAAAAAGCUUACUUGGUAUUCGCAACAGUGUUUAUAUGAAGAGCUUGACGAAAAAACCUUUGAAGCUGAAUUCUGGGCGCAGGACCAGACCGAAAUGGCUGGAGUAUUCACUGGAU